UGAUGGCUCAUGGUGCACUGUUGAGUGCUGUUUCCUUUUUUAGAAUUUGCAGCCACAGGCACCAGCAGUUUAGUGCAUCUGUGGGCUGAGAAAAAAAUAGACACAUCUGUGUCAUCAUAUCCUAUUUAUAACUCGGCAAGAUGUCACCUUGCUUUUACUUUCAUUAUUUUUCUGUUUGAUGUGCCUUUAGGCACACAUCAUUUCUUCAUGAAUAGCCCAUGUUCAUAUAUGCUGCAGCUCGGUGAGCAGGGCAGGUCUCUUGGAAACACACCAAGUUGGCAUACAAUAGUGGAAAAGUCUGCACGUACACUUGCAUGCGUAAAUUGGCAAUGGUAAUAAUGUACAGGGACAUGCACUGCAAUGACUCUCACCAUGUGCUGUAGUUUUCAUGUUUAUGGGGUAGUAGUCAUCUUAUGAGACUAGUUGUUUAAACACACGUACAUCACUUGUGUUUUGUUCCUCUUCAAUGUGCUCUAUUGACAGAUUAAAAUGAAUGAAUUUAGAUAUUCACUUACAGUGAUAUAAAUAUGUAAAUGUUAGUAUUACUCAAAUAGGAAUGCUUAAAAAACCCCAAAACUUUUUAGUUUUUAUUUGGAUCAUCAAUUGUUUAAGAUAUCUCACUGUGUCAGCCCAGGGCAGAACUGGAUUCCUAAAUAUAGAGGGCAUCUGACAGUAUUUUGGGCUGGGUAGUAUUGACAGAGCUCAUAUAAUCUUCAAUGUUAUAAAGACUUUUUACUACUCAUCAGAGUUCAGGCUCUCUUUAUAUAAUAUAAUCAUAAUGAAUUAUAAGGUAACACAGUGGGAAAAUUAUUACUAUUAGCUAGCUAUUACUGAGUGACUGGUGACUGACGUGAACACACUCUCUUUAACAUUUAGCUGUUUGGCAUAGGAAUAGAUAGAAUAUUUGCUCUGCUCCAAUUCCCAUUGUGUGUGUGUGUGCGCGUGUGUGUGUACAGAAGGGAGGGUCUGAAGGAUUAAAAUUUGAGGAGAAAUGGGUGUGGCUAUGAGGUAAUGGUUAGCUCUGCUGUCUGUCUCAAACCAUGCACGUAGCUUGCUUAUGGCUAUCCUUUCCUUUGGUGGGAGUCAUUUAGGCACAGUCGAUUAUGUGUCUUUUACUUUAUCGUAACAUUUGUUGCAACAUGAUUUGUUCCAGUGCUUCUAUUUUCCUCAGCCAAUCACGGCAUCUCUCUGCUUGCUGAAGCACAUCCCAUCUCUCUCACCUUGUUGUAACUUCAGACUACAUACGCACAACUCCAAGCCUGGAUAAACUGAGUCACCGUCUCAGUUAGACAGCUUGCCUGUGUUGACCCCAUCCAUUCAUUCCCGUCCUGCUCUCUCGCUUCCUGCCUGCCCCUCUUGUGCGCACUGCUGUUUGGUCGGUGUUGCCAUGGCACUGUGUGGCCAGAAUGAGGCUUCACAUACAGCAUCUUGUGUUCUCUUUGCAGAAGGCCGCUGAGGAGAGAUUGAGGGACAGUGACGCUGUAUACGAAAGCGGCAGUGUGUGGACUGACACUCAGGACUCUGCAGCUUUUAUGUGGUCACUGUUCCUUGUCAACAUUCAGCAGAGAGACAGUCGCAUAUUUCACCACAUUGGUUGAUGUUUUUGUUAGGAUCGAUCGCCUCCUCCUUCUCAACUCCUUUUGACGAAAGAAUCGUAUUUCUUUCUCGCUGGCGCUUGUUUUGAACACGGCUCAUUCUUUUGAGGACGAAACUGGGAUUUUCCCUCAUAUUAUGCACUUCAAUGGAUACCAGUGCCUCAGUGGUUAGUACGCGAGUUGAGGAACAGUCUCUUCAUGUCCGUUACAGAAUGGAGGUGUCCUGCCUGGAGCUGGCGUUGGAGGGCGAGCGGCUCUGUAAGGUUGGAGACUACAGAGCGGGGGUCUCCUUCUUUGAAGCUGCCAUUCAGGUGGGCACAGAAGACCUGCAGGUGCUCAGUGCCAUCUACAGCCAGCUGGGCAAUGCUUACUUCCACCUGCAUGACUACACCAAGGCCCUGGAGUUUCACCGGCAUGACCUCACGUUGACCAGAACAAUUGGUGACCUGCUCGGUGAAGCCAAAGCCAGUGGAAACCUUGGCAACACAUUAAAGGUGUUGGGGCGGUUCGAUGAGGCUGUGGUUUGCUGUCAGAGGCACUUGGACAUAGCGAGGGACAUGAACGACAAGGUGGGUCAAGCGCGAGCGUUGUAUAACUUUGGGAACGUGUAUCAUGCCAAAGGCAAAAGUAUCUGCUGGAGCGGAGCAGAGCCGGGGGAUUUCCCAGAGGAAGUGAUGGUGGCACUGAGGAAGGCAGCUGAGUAUUACGAGGCGAACUUGGCCAUAGUGAAAGAUCUUGGAGACCGAGCCGCACAGGGUCGAACUUACGGGAACCUCGGGAAUACACACUAUCUGCUGGGAAACUUUCGCCAAGCGGUGGCUUCUCACGAGCAGCGCUUGCUCAUAGCCAAAGAGUUUGGUGACCGCUCGGCGGAGAGGCGGGCCUACUGCAACCUGGGGAAUGCCUGUAUAUUUUUAAGUGAAUUUGAAGUGGCGGCCGAGAAUUACAAGAGGACGCUGCAGCUGGCGAGGCAGCUGAAAGACCGAGCUGUGGAGGCUCAGGCCUGUUACAGUCUCGGCAACACCUACACUCUUCUCCAGGACUACGAGAGAGCCAUAGACUACCACCUCAAGCACCUCAUCAUAGCCCAGGACCUUAAUGACAGGAUUGGGGAAGGGCGUGCAUGCUGGAGUCUGGGAAAUGCUUACACUGCACUGGGGAACCACGACCAGGCCAUGCACUUUGCUGAGAAACACCUGGAGAUUUGCAAAGAGACCGGAGACAGGAGCGGGGAGCUGACGGCUCGUAUGAAUGUGUCAGAUCUUCAGAUGGUUCUGGGUCUGAGCUACAGCACAAAUAACUCCACCCUCUCUGAGAAUAAGGAUACAGACUACAACCAGCAUGGAGCGAGGCCGAGGAUGAGCAGGAGACACAGCAUGGAGAACCUGGAGCUGAUGAAACUCACUCCAGACAAGAUGAACGGUCCGAAGUACAACAGUGACAUCCUGACCAAACAGUCCAAACCCUCACUGGCUAAGAGCACCUCCAAACUGCUGUUUGUCAGUCGUCUGCGUGGGAAGAAGUACAAGUCCGGUGGCUCCAGUAAGGUCCUCCAGGACACCAGCAACACCCUGGACACCAGUCAGACGUCGACACAGGGACCACAGAAGCGACUCAGUCCUGACAUGCUCGGAGACGAAGGCUUCUUUGACCUGCUGAGCCGUUUCCAGAGCAACCGUAUGGAUGACCAGCGCUGUUCUAUACAGGAUAAGGGCAGCAGGUUAUCAUUGAAUGGGGGCCCAGAGGCUCCUCCUAGAAUCAUCAGGAAAUCUGUGUCAGAGACUGCUGACAUCUCGGGUGCCCAAGGCCGGCGGUUAAAGGAGUCAUCGGCAGCAGGUGGAAGCCUUCCGGGACUCAGGCUCCAUCAAAACAGCAACCGGGCUGUGCUCAACCAUCUGAUGGCCAACGCUGACAACGCUGAGCCCGACGACAACUUCUUCGAUAUGCUCGUGAAGUGCCAGGGCUCCCGUUUGGACGACCAGCGUUGUGCCCCUCCCCCUCCUUCAGUCCGAGGGCCCACUGUACCAGACGAGGACUUCUUCAGCCUCAUCAUGCGCUCUCAGGCCAAACGGAUGGACGAGCAGCGCGUCACCCUGCCCUCAGCAAUGAACGCAGUAGGCAGGCCCACCUCUAAAUCCAACUGAAGUAACGCACUAAAGGGACAGACAGGUGGUGUUGUUUUUUGUCUUCUAUAGCUCAUGAAGUGGACUAUGGGGUGGUCACUCAAAAAAAAAACAACUUGUGUAUUGUUAUAUUCCUCCUUUUGGACAUAAAGCACUGUGUACUGAGUGUGUAUAGAAUGGAAAACCUACAAGGACUUGUUUCGCACAACUUGCACAACACCAACAAACGUUCAGUAGCUUCAGGGACAAAUGUUUUUCUUCUUCUUUUUAUUCUUACAUUAUCUGGUGCUCCGGCACAUUUCAUAUCAUGUGUGUAUUUGUCAAUACACCACCACAAUUUGUUUGUAUUUAUUGUGGUUUUUUUUAUGAUCGUUAUAACGCUAACAGCCGUCCCACCACUAUUCAUUCAUGUGGUUCUACAUAACAGGUACAGCACUUGACUUUUUCCAUGUGUUUUGUUUAUAUGUGAGUUUUUUUGAUUGGUGUAAGAGGUCAGACAGGAAAUGAACAAAAAGUAUUUUAAGCAAAAGUGUUUGAUAAAUCAAUGAAUUUAACCCGUGUACAACCCUAACAGUCUUUUGUACUAAGUGUUCAGGGAGAUUAGAUGAAUAAAUCUUCCUGUAGGCA